ACUCAUAAUUUUCCACCAUCACCACAGAUCUUGGUCGAAGGUGUUGUUGUCGAGCUGAGAUCGCAUCAGAUCGGAGGCGGGACACGAAUACUAACCGAACAGAGAAAGUAGCCACUUCAGGUCAGUUCAGGUCACUCCACAAGCCGCUUCCUGGCUUCCCCGAUUGGACACAGUACGAUCAACUGAUCAUAUUGAGUUUUAUAACAUAUCGCAUUUUAUGGGAAAUUGUGGAAUUCCAUGGCUAUAUCAAUAAAUUCAAUUCAAAACUUACCGAAAUUCUAUUUCUAAGACUUACCUUUUAGCUGUCUGACAGCUGCAAUACCAACUUGGCCUGAAUACAUACAUCAAGAAUAAGACUCCAAUCCAGCCUCAAAGCUGAGAGCUAGAAUCCAAUAAUGGAAGGAUUCCGUUCUCCCGCAUGAAGACCUUGUUGAUAUGCCGGUUCUUCUCCUCCUCGGUCUUGGGUCUCUUGCUUCUCUUCUUCUUCUUUUCCCUUGAGCCCUCAGAAGCACUGUCCAACGGAAUAUACGCCCAGGUAUCCUGCGAUAGGAGACCUUGGGCCUCAGAGUCUUCAGUGAAGUACUCACGGUGUGAACCCCCUAGAUGGUUCAAGCCACCAUGCUUAGAAGAAGAGGACUUUGAGAUUACUCCCUGUGGAAUCUCACAGCCAAGCUUAAGGAGCUGUUCCUUAAUUAGUUUCAUGAUCUCCCGAGCUUCGUUGUGUCGCUCCAACAGAAUAGCAAUUUGUCUCUCUUUAGACGGAUCUCCGAUACGAGGCAUCUUGGCUUGAGGCUUGCCCAAUCUUCAAUGCUGUCUGCAAGCCUGUGACCUCUGUAGUAGUAUUCGACAACGUCUUGGGACAUGACGGACAUGGUGAUUAUUUUGUUUUUGCUGUACAGUUGCAGAAUGUUUGAGAGAAAUGGCUGUUUAUGAAGCUCGGGAUAUGUUGGAGCAAGUUGUGGAUUGAUGAGGGAAUAUGCAACUUAUGCCAGGUUUAUAUACUUCAUGCGCGCAGUGGAGCCCCCAAGGGACUGGAACAAUGAAUUCCCAUUCGAAUUGCUUGCAUGUCAUUGAAUAAAGCGACAACCUUUGGUUGUUCUCUGAUUUGGCUGGCUUUGUCUCUCGAACAGUAC